UACUCUUUGGAUCAGUCGUCAUUCGCCGCCAUCUUGUAUCCACCUUAAAGUAAUGUAUGUUUUUGUCUAAAAUUUGAGAGUGUGCUAUUGUUUAUUAAAAUUGUAGUUACUUGACGUUAAAACUAUUAGUUAGCGUACAUGCUGCUAACCACUUAAGCCACAACUGGCUAUGAAUAGUAACAAACCUGCAUUUAAUCGAGAAGGCGUUGGUGUUCAAGAACAACAUAAGUAAAUGCAGGUUUCACAGACAGAUGCUAGAGGCAGCAAAAGAGUCGGAGUGGAAGAACACUUAAUAAAAUUUAGGUCAUCGCCGUAUUUAAAAAAUAUGAAAAAAUUUAUACAGUCGAAAAUGCAUAUCGAAACGACUAAUCGGGCCACUCCAAACGCAGCUACGGAUCCACCGCCUGCGCCUAAUAUCGGAAGGAAGCCAGAAGUCCAGCCGCCUUUGCCUUUAGACCCUCCACCACCCGAUAGUCCAGUAUACCUAAAUGUGCAAGUCAAACAGGAAAUUGAAGACACAAAUUACCAGAGUGGGUGUGAGAGAUCGCCUGAACUUGUGAACCAGGAACCUCAGAGUAAUGGUGACACAAACACUGCUCAGGAAAAAUCACCAGAAAAAAAGAAAAUAUGUAGAGAUUAUAUACGUGGAACGUGUAUAAGACCCACGUGCAGAUACGCUCACAAAUAUGAUGUGUCACAAUUAGAGGGAGUGUACACUUUCUGUCGUAAAUAUCAAAACUCAGUGUGUACAUAUGCAAAUUGCAAGUAUGUUCAUGCAGAUGUAUUUGAGGAGCGUCACUUUUAUAGAACGGGAAUAUUACCACCUCAUGCGUUGGCACAUCAUAAACAAGUGUUGCAGCCACCUCCACCACCCCCUCCUCCGGAAGAACCACAGUCAGAUUUGCCGCCAAUAUCUUUCACAAAUCCUCCACCACCAUUACAGACUGAAAUAGAUAAAUCAUCAUUAUUGAGUAUUAUGCCUUCUAGCUCGGUGGAGUCAAGAGGUUUCUCAGACUUAAUAUCACCAGCCAGGUAUACCUCACCCCUAAAAAGAGAGUGGAGUAGCAUUGACACAUUCGGAAGCUCGCCGUGCGACAUCGACACAAGUGAACACUUAUCAAAAAAAUGCAAACAUUGUGAUAUCAUGGAAUUCAGACUUCAAUACAAUAGAGAUAAAGUAGAAAAAAUGAGACAGUCCAAAGAGGAGCUGAACAAAAAGUUGGCAAUCUUAGAUAAAAAGAGUGACAAGCUGAGCACUAUAAUUAUGGCAUUGUUUAAACCUCAGAUAUCAACGAAAUCUCAAAGAGACACAAAAGGCUUAUCAUUAAUAAAUGGAGAAAUUAAAGAUAAGGUAAAUUUAUAUGAAAAUAAAUAUUUCAUCGUGGAGAAAUCGGAGAUCUUGUUGAUAUAAUAGAAAAUCGUAAAUAUUAGUGUCUAGAGAUAUUUUAAUAUAUAUUACAAACAGA